UUUUUUUUUGGGUAUAUGAACCACUAGACAUAAAUUACGUAUAACCAAAAAUUUCAUUAGUUUAAAGAUCAAAAUUGCAAGUCAAAAGACAAAGAGGAAUUUGGUGCUAAUUUAUUCAGUGUAUACAGAGUGUAGCAUCUAAAUUUGAUAUCGAUUGACGACCUUUCAACAGGUAGGUUGUAAUAAUGGCAUUUGGAAGGAUCAAAUAUCUCUAUAUCUGUCAGUGUAGAUAUGUUUUCUCUUGUUAGAAGUUUUCGGGUCAAGAUCAUUGAAAGUAAAAUGUCGGUUUAUAUCAGCAACACUGAAAAUAUGUAUGUUCAGUUAAACGUAACGGUUCAGUGCUGUUGUGAACGGAUUGAAAAAUAUACCAGAUCACGAUGACGAAAAAAAAAUUCGAGUUGGACUCCCCUAAUAACUUCAACUCCACAACAACACUAGCGAAUAAUGAACAAAUAUCCACACAGAUUAGUAUUGAAAGUAUAGAUAAAAUUUACAGCCCUUAUGAACAUAGAAUACUCGCUCAUCCAAAUUCUUUUUUAGGCGCAUUAAUUCAUAUAUUAAAAGGCUCUUUAGGAAGUGGUCUACUUGCAGUUCCUAGGGCCUUUCUAAAUUCAGGUCUUCUAGUUGGUGUUAUUGGAACGAUGUUAAUUGGUUUCAUAUGUACAUAUACAGUUCAUCUUUUGGUUUCAGCUUCCCAAAAAAUAUGCAUUAAGAAGAAAAUACCCAGUUUAGGAUUUGCAGAAACAGCAGAAGCAGUUUUCGACAAUGGUCCACCCAACAUUAAGAAAUUUUCCAAAGUUGCAAAAUUGUUUGUUGAAAUAGCUUUAACGAUGACACAUUUUGUUGGGAAUGCGGUGUAUAUUGUAUUUAUAUCAGAAUCAAUGGCGAAGUUAAUUGGAAGCCAUUAUGAACCUGCGAAAUAUUGGAGUCAAUAUUUCAAAAUAAUAAUUCUAAUUCUCCUCAUAAUAUUCUGUCAAAUCAGAGAAUUAAAACAUUUAGUACCGUUUUCAUUUUUAGCUAAUGCGACAAUGGUUUUAGCGUUAGCUAUUACUGGAUAUUAUAUGGUAAAAGAUAUGACCUUAGUUGAUCCGAGUGAGAGAAAAUUAGCGACAAGUAUAUCAGGUAUACCAACUUUCUUCACGACAAUAAUAUUUGCUAUGGAAGGAAUUGGAACAAUAAUGCCAGUGGAGAAUUCAAUGGUAACAGAUUCAUUCAUAGGAUGUCCAGGAGUUCUAAAUGUUGCUAUGACUUUUGUUGUAACGUUUUACACUGUUAUUGGAUUCUGCGGAUAUUAUGCCUUUGGAGAUAAAACUGAAGCUACUAUUACUCAAAAUCUACCCGAUGAUGAAGUUUUGGCUCAAGUGGUUCAAGCAUCCAUAUCUAUAGCAAUAUUUUUUACUUUCAUGCUUCAAUAUUACGUUCCUAUUGAUAUAACAUGGAGAAGGAUGAAACCUCACAUACCACAAGAAAAACAUAACAUAGCACAAAUAAUCUGGAGGAUACUAACAGUUUCUUUCAUCGUUGGAGUAGCUGCAGCAGCAGGAAAUCACCUGGGUCCACUUAUCGAUCUUUUAGGAGCUAUUUUCUUUUCCACAUUAGGUCUUUUCAUCCCAUCUUUCCUGGAUAUUGUGGUUAAUUGGAAUGAAUGGGGAAGAUUCAAUUGGAUUUUGAUGAAAGAUUUAGUUUUGAUAAUCUUUUUUUUAUUUGGUUUGAUAAGCGGCACUUAUUUUGCCAUUCUUAAUUUCAUUGAAUGAAAAGUGUUUUAUCAAAUUAUCAUUAACGAAUUGGCUCUAAAUACUUACGUAGCAUUAAAACAGUUAUCAAAGAAAAAAUUGAAAUAAUAGUCAAGCUUCGCAGAAUUACACACAUAACAUCAAGUAAUUCCAUUUAUAUAGGUAACAUACCACUUUCGUAAUACCCAUUUUUCUAACAAAAUCAAUAAGGUUUAGAAUCACAGGUGCUAUAAUAUAGUUUAGAGAAAUCCCAAACGUUGAAGUAAAACGUUAUUCAAAUAUGUGAUAUUUUGUACUUUAUUCUAUAUAUUGGGAUUCGAUUGAAAGUUAUCUUUAACACAAUCUAGAAUGCAUCAACAUCAUACCUAGUACUUAUUUUGAUUAAAUUUUAAUUUUACUCCAUUGUCAAUUGCUUUGAUGGUACUGAAAAUAUUUUAACUACCACGUAUUUGGAAAUAUAUGCAUGCACAAAAUUAGUUUUUUAAUGGUAACGCUAUAACUGUCUCUUCAUAAUUAUUACUUGUAAGCAUAUCAUAGAUUUUUGUUAUUAAAAAGGCAACAGAAAACAUUCAUCACGCGGUUCAAAGUUAUCCUGUUUUUUCUAUAAUCGAAAAAACUAAUAUUAGUCACAGUAUGUAUUUUCUGACAAUUUUAUAAUGUUUUGAUUCAUGACUAUUCUAGUAGAUAAUAAGAAAACCUGUGUGAUAUUGACAUAUAUAUUUAUAUAUUUGUCAGAUGAAUAUAAUAAAUUUUA